AUGGGAUGUUCAUAGAUUUCCAAGAAAAAAACUGAUAAAUUUCAAUCUUUAUAGUUAGCUUCUAAGAUAAUUUCAAAACAAAUUGCCGGAGAUGAGGUUGAAAGAGAAAUUUUUAAUCAAUUUUGUUCAGAAAAAUACAAAAUUUAAAAGAAUCCUAUAGUUUAAAGGAGAGCUCAUUCUACAAUGCCUAGUUUAACAUAGGUUUUUAAUAAAGGAGAUACAUAGAAUUCAUAUGUGUAAAGAUAAUUCUCUUGA